CUCAACUUCAAGUUUGCCUCUAACGAAGGCUAUAGGCUCACCAAAACCAGACCAAUCGUUCAACCGAUUUUUAAAAAAGUUUUUUUUUUUUAUUUAUUCUUUUAAUAAUAGCCAUGAAAGAACAAUCUAUUACUACUCGCGCAUUCAAGAGCGAUAAAACUACCACCAUUGUCCAUACGACCACCAUAAUCUCUGAGGACAAGGAGACUAUUUCGGACAAUGAAUACGAUAGCCAAGGUCAUCAUGGGUCGCACAGUGUUGUCGAUGGCAUGAAAAAGACUCUUCAAGAUUAUUGGUUCCCUUUCCAUACUACCGAGUACUCCGACGAAAAUGUGGAAGAAGAGGAGAAGCAGGCACAUCAUCCUCCUCAUUUUGAGGCUAAUAGUGUGAUGCGUCGCGCCUAUGAUUACUGGAAGUCUCUCACCCAGGAUGCAGAAGAGGCUGCCAAGGAAGCCGUGACUAAGGCAAGAGAGGCUCGUGAUGCAACUUCCAAAGAGGCAAAGUGGGCAAUUUUUGGCUACAAGAAAGAGGCCCGCGAGGCAUAUGAGGCCGCAGAACAAAAUUAUCGUGACGCAUUGGCGAAAGCUGAGAGAAUUCAUGAGGAGGCUCUCGAGAAGGCACGUACCCAUUGGUUCCAGCAAUCGGAUUCCACUCAAAUAGAAGUGAGCGAGAAGCAUCAUUUGGGAGACAAAGUGGGAGAUGUAGUUCACAAGAAUUGGGAAAAAUUCAAGGCCGCGGUCGAUUCCUUGGCAUCCAACCCACCCAAGUAUGCUUGCAGCCCUAGCUCCCAAUAUUGGUUCUCACGCCAGAACCCCGCUGCCGACUCUGGCUGGGACUGCCGCGAGAUCUGGGAGCGUCCUAGCAAUCACAAAUAUGACAAUAAUAUGCUCAAGGCGUUGCCCAAAAAGCAUGUCUCUUCGGAUAAGGUCCAAAGCAUCCUUGAGAGCCUUUUUUACCAGGCUGGGCAAAAAGCCAAGGAUGUAUCUUCGUCUACAUCAUACGAUAUGAAGUCUGUCAAGGAUUACUAUCAGAGCGCUCUAGAUCGUAUCUCUCGCAAUGAGCUUGGGGCUGUAGGGGAUUUAGAUUCAUUGGUUGACAAGAUCAAAGCCAAGUUGGAUGAGGCCAAGUAUUACGAGGAGCAGACGGAAUCAUGGCUGACCUCACAGUGGAAUGCUGUGGUUGAUAGUACAGGCGAUCUGAAAGAUCAAUACGACCGUGUGUUCAAGGAUGCAGUUCAGGGUGUAAAGAAGUCUCGUACAGAUGCUUACACAGCAUUUUUAACCGAACUGCAAACGUCUGCCAGCGCUGCACGCUCCAAUAUCGAAGAGGCUCUCGAGAACGCUAAGCGCGAUGCAAGCGCAGAUAAGGCCAAGGUUCAAAAAGCCAUCCAUGAUGCGGCGUCCUCAUUCUCCAACGCACUCAAAGAGACCGAGGCUAAAAUGAAGACUGCGCGCAAGAAUUCAUAUGAUGCCGCGAUCGAGACUUUCAACAAAGGAACUGCUCAGCUUAAGGCCAAGUUGGAAGCUGCAGCCAAGGUUGUUAGACAAUCAGGCUCAUCCAUUUCUUAUCAUGCUUCUAAAUCAGUCUCAUCAGCUGCUGCGAAGGCUUCUCAGUCUGGAGAGGGCUUGCGCAAAGAUGCCAGCCGUAAGUUGGGUGAAGUCAAGGAUAAAGCCUCGGAGGGGUAUGAUCGUGCUACAGCUUCACUCGGCGCUAUGUGGGGUACUACCACUCCAGUCUCCUCACUGACCAAGGUCCAUGAUUCGUACAUGCAGCUGCUGAGUGGCACCAGGAACACCUUGUUUGGAAGUUACAGCGGCACCACUACAUCAUCAAGUGGUAAUCAUGAGCCUAGCUCGAUGUACGGUGCUGUGACAGCACUAUACUUGUUAUUCUUAGUUCGUCAGAUCUGGUUACGUCGCAAGUGUUGUGCCGAGAGCGCUACUCAUGGUGGUGUCAAGCUGACUACACGUGAGCUUCAUCAUAGCCACAACCGCAGCCAUGGUUCUGAUUCUGAGUUAGCUGAAGACCAAAGUAGCAAGCAUGGAAAGCAUAGUUAUCGCCAUCAUGACAGCAGCAGAAGUAGCAGCAGCAGCCUACAUCAAGAUGAGCAUCAAAAUUAUCAUUAUAACAACUCCUUUGAAGCAGUUUUGAAGGCUUUUACCUCCGUGGCGCCCAUGACGAUGAUAUUUCUCGUAUUACUUGAGUUGACAGGUUUUACACGUAUUGGACUGCACACGUUGUUUGUUGGGUUAGCAGUAUCACAACUCUUCCGAUGGAGCUAUUUCAAUGACGUUAUGAGACAAUUAGGAAUCGUGGGAGAGGCCGUAUCAGGGAUACGCGAAAUUGGAUAUUGUCUCGCAUGGACUGUCUUUGCUCUUGCAGGUGCUGCCAAUGCUCUCAAUUUUGCUGCAUCUUGACGCGUCAGGGAGUGACUGGCC